AUACGAGAAAACUAAUAUUGUGUAGCACACCUUCAUACAAAGAGGAAAGAAAAACAACGUUGUGCCUACCGGCCGCCUUCCAGCUCUAUACUUCUUUCUUCCCUCAUGUUUAGGCUACCUACCCGGCCUGUACCGUCCGCAACCACGAAACAACAAUUUCAAUACACUCACACCCACCGUUCCGUCUUCCCCCGCCCGCCACAUACGCCAUACGCAACCACCAGCACACACUCAUGAAAAAAGAAGCAAUCAAGAGAAAACAAAACAGUCGCAACAUAGCCUACGUCACCCCAACCUUUGCAAUUUCGACGAUCGGUCAACCAUCCCACUCUCAUGUCCAUCCUAACCCACAUACGCCUACAGCCCCGAACCGUCGCCAAGACCACGCGCAUUACCGUUACUUUGCCCACACGACCUAGAAUACAUGUGUCGCAGAUCAUUCAACGGCAUUGCAUCGGAGAAUUAGCAUCUCGAACGCCCCAAAUUACCCCUACAAACCCGGCUGGGCAAUAUGCAUGUCAGUGAGUAUG